UUCGUCUCAACCUCUUCCUUUUGCGUUUCAUGGUUAUUUCACUCACUCCAUCUCUGCAAUUCGUUUGUUCAUCAACGAAACCGAUUCAAUGGCGACUCUCACCGGAUACAAAGAAGACAGAGAAGUCAUCCGAUUGGAACGAGAAGCCGUUAUUCCAGUUUUGAAGCCUAGGCUCAUCAUGGCUUUGGCCAACCUCAUUGAACAGAGUGCUGACAGGGCAGACUUCUUGAAGCUCUGCAAGAGAGUCGAGUACAUGAUUCGAGCAUGGUAUUUUCUUCAGUUUGAAGAUCUUAUGCAACUAUACGCGCUCUUUGAUCCCGUCUAUGGGGCUCAGAAACUGGAGCAGCAGAAAUUAUCCUCACAAGAGAUUGAUAAUCUUGAACAAAAUUUUCUCAGCUAUAUGUUUAAGGUACUUGAAAAGAGCAAUUUUAAGAUUGCUACUAAUGAGGAGAUCGCGGUUGCACAAUCAGGCCAAUAUCUUCUCAAUCUUCCUAUCUCAGUCGAUGAAUCAAAGCUUGAUAAGAACUUAUUAAAGAGGUACUUUAAGGAGCAUCCACAAGAAAACCUUCCUGACUUUGCAGACAAGUAUAUAAUCUUUAGACGUGGCAUUGGAAUUGAUCGUACAACCGAUUACUUUAUCAUGGAGAAGGUGGACAUGAUCAUUGCACGCAUAUGGGCAUGGAUCAUGAGAAUAACUAAGCUAGAUAAGCUUUUUCCCAAGAAAACUACCGCUAACGCUGCACCGCCUAAGAAAGAUGAUGAAAUCACAGAUGAAGAUAUUCAGGAUGACUUGUACGUUGAACGAAUCCGCAUUGAAAAAAUGGAUUUUAGUUUACAGAAUUUAGCUAGUAAGAUUACGAUCCAAGAACCUACAUUUGACAGGAUAAUUGUUGUUUACAGGCUAGCAGGAAGCAAGACGAAAAAGGAAAGAGGAAUCUAUGUGAAGCAUUUGAAACAAAUCCCAAUGGCAGAUAUGGAAAUAGUUUUGCCUGAGAAGAAAAAUCCGAGUUUGACUCCUAUGGAUUGGGUGAAAUUUCUUUCGACUGCCAUAUUCGGUUUGGCAGCUGCUACUGGUUCAAUUGAGACCCCUCAAGCCGACUUUUGGGUCAUCAUUGCAGUUGUCUCUACAGUAGUUGGUUAUUGUGCCAAAAUAUACUUUACGUUUCAGGCAAACAUGGAAACAUAUCAGAACUUAAUCACCCAAUUCAUGUAUGACAAACAACUGGAUAGUGGAAAAGGCACACUUCUUCAUUUGUGUGAUGAUGUCAUUCAACAAGAAGUAAAGGAGGUCAUCAUUUCUUUCUUUAUACUAAUGGAACAGGGGAAAGCAACUUUAAAGGAACUGGACCGAAAAUGUGAGGAACUACUAAAGGAAGAGUUUGGUGAGAGAUGCAACUUUGAUGUGGAUGAUGCAGUCAGUAAAUUAGAAAAACUGGGGAUUAUUUCCAAGGAUCAAAUAGGAAGGUAUUACUGUGCUGGUCUUAAACGCGCAAAUGAGAUCAUUGGCACCACCACGGAAGAGCUCGUACUUAAGGCAAGACAGGAGGAGGGCAGUCCUAAAAACAUGUGAGCAUCCAGCUGGCAGCCACGUCACACUUCUCUGUUCUAAAAUUUCAAUCAAAAUUAGACUUUAAAUUUAAAUAUAUAGUUGAUUAUACUUGUGGCA